AGCGUCGUGUUCACCUGGCGCCGCAGGUGCGCGGUGGAUGUAGACACAAGAUAUGGGUAAUUCAGACUCCAAACUGCGCUUCAGAAAAGCGGUGAUACAACUUACCACAAAAACACAGCCUGUGGAGGCCUCUGAGGAUGUGUUCUGGGAUCAGUUCUGGAAUGACAUCGACUUGAUGGCACAGGAUAUUUUCACACUUGUUCCUGCUGCUGAGAUCCGUGCUGUGAGAGAGGAGUCUCCAUCCAAUCUGGCAACCCUGUGUUACAAGGCAGUGGAAAGGCUGGUGUUGAAUGCAGACACAGGUUGUGUGUGUGAGCGAGACAGACAGACCGUUCUGAUCUGCACUCGCCUGUUGACUCGGAUUCUGCCGUACAUCUUUGAGGAUCCAGACUGGCAUGGGUUCUUCUGGUCCACUGUGCCAAAACUGGGCAAAUCUGUGGAUGAAGGUGAAGAGGAGUGCACACGGCCCCUGGCGGAGUCUCUCCUCUCUGCUGUUUCAGAUCUGCUUUUCUGUCCAGAUUUCACAGUUGAAAGCAACUUCAAGACCAGUGCGGAUAUUGAUAUCCAGUCCAUUGACAGCUGUGAGUUCAUCUGGGAAGCUGGCGUUGGAUUUGCUCAGACUCCGCCUCUCAACUAUUCCCAUGACUCCAACAGGACAGAAUUGCUGAAGCUCUUGUUGACCUGUUUCUCAGAAGAGAUGUACCAGUCUCCAUCAGACACACACACUCUCAACCCUUGGGUCUCGUUCUUUUGCUCCAGAGAAAACAGACAUGCACUCCCGCUCUUCACUUCUCUUCUGAAUGUGGUUUGUGCAUAUGACCCUAUCGGCUACGGCGUCCCGUACAAUCACCUGAUGUUUUCUGACCAGCGAGGCGAGCUGGCAGAGCUGGCACUGCAAACACUGAUCAUUUCACUGGAGCAGGAGCUCAACGACACACACCCCAACACACACACCACUGCUGACACUGAUUACAACAGGAACAACACUACUGAAGCAUGCCCGACCUCAAGAGGUGAAAAUCUGUUCGUAAACUACCUGUCUCGAAUUCACAGAGAAGAGGAUUUUAACUUCAUCUUGCGAGGGAUCAGCCGGCUGCUCAAUAACCCUCUGAUGCAAACAUACCUGCCCCAUUCCUGCAAAAAGAUCCAGUUUCAUCAAGAGCUGCUGGUUCUCUUCUGGAAACUCUGUGACCUCAACAAGAAGUUUCUGUUCUACGUGUUGAAGAGCAGUGAUGUGCUGGAUAUUCUGGUACCCGUCCUCUUCUAUCUGAAUGAUGCUCGUGCAAAUCAGUCACGUGUCGGUCUGGUGCAUAUCGGCGUGUUUAUUUUGUUGCUGUUAAGCGGAGAGAGGAAUUUUGGGGUGCGUCUGAACAAACCCUACAGUGUACGAGUGCCGAUGGAUAUUACAGUGUUUGCUGGGACUCACGCUGACCUGCUGAUCGUGGUUUUCCAUAAGAUCAUCACCAGUGGACAUCAGCGAUUGCAGCCGCUGUAUGACUGUCUUCUCACUAUUAUAGUCAAUGUGUCUCCUUACCUGAAGAGUCUGUCUAUGGUAGCAGCCAACAAACUUCUCCACCUGCUGGAGGUUUUCUCCAGUCCCUGGUUUCUGUUCAGCACUCCUGUUCACCAUCACCUGGUUUUCUUUCUGCUGGAGGUUUUCAACAACAUCAUUCAGUACCAGUUUGACGGUAACUCUAACCUGGUGUACGGCAUCAUCCGCAAGCGCAGCCUCUUCCACCAGCUGGCUAACUUACCCACAGACAUCACCCUCAUCCAGAAAGCUCUGCAGAGGAAAAAGAGCAGGAGCAACAGCAUCCAUAAUGCAGUUUUCAUGGAGAUCAGCAACCCUUACAGCAGCGAGGGUCUGAGUAAAACCACACCAGCUCAAACAGGCACUCUGAACGCAAGCUUGAAGGACAUACCACGCAUUGAUAAACUGACAGAAACAUCACAGGUUUCUGAAGAUGGAACCACACUGUUAAUCCAGCACAGUGAAUCAGCCCGCAGCCAAUCAGAUCACAGCUCUGAGACUCGAGUUCAACACAAUGAGCCGACCUCAGGUGAAGAAGACAAGAAUUCCGCAAACGAGGAUUGUGAUGGAAGUCAGAAAAGUGCGUCAUCUUCAUCAGACUGGGCUCCGACUCCAGACUGGGUCCUCUCCUGGAAAAGUAAGCUUCCUCUACAGACUAUAAUGAGGCUCCUUCAGGUUCUGGUGCCUCAAGUGGAGAAAAUCUGCAUAGACAAAGGUUUGACGGAUGAGUCUGAGAUCCUCAGGUUUCUCCAGCAUGGGACUCUGGUGGGUUUACUGCCAGUUCCUCAUCCCAUCCUCAUCCGCAAGUAUCAGGCCAAUGAGGGAACGGCUCUGUGGUUCCGUACGUACAUGUGGGGCAUCAUUUACUUACGUAAUGUGGAUCCUCCUGUUUGGUACGACACUGAUGUCAAGCUGUUUGAGAUCCAGAGAGUUUAAUGACAGAAGAAACUCUGCACAGCCUUUUCUUUACCGCUGAACACAUUGUGGAUGAUGAAUGAGCUCUGCAUUUGUUCUCCAAAAUCGAGUUCAAUGAAGUCUAAGAUGUCCUCUUAUUUUUUUUCUUUGUUUCUGGUGUAUAUAUUGGCACUGUUGUUUCUGAAACAUGCUGUUUUAUUUUCCACUGAGUCAAACCGUGAGAAAGACACGCACUUGAUUUCAUGA